AUGGAGAACAUGACCGGCAGCGAAGGGGACAAGGUGGAGCCGAAGCUGGCAUACGCUAUGGUUUUUGGGGGCAUCCUCGUGCUGGGCAUUCCUCUCAAUGCUGUGUCCUUGUGGAUUCUCUGGCGUCGUCACAGCCACAAAUCCCCCAGUGCCGUCUUCAUGGUCAACCUGGCGCUGUCGGACCUUCUCUUGGCCGUCUCACUGCCGCUGAAUAUCUGUUUUCACUCUGUGGGCAUCUGGCCUGUCGGCAACCUGCCGUGCAUCUGCGCCGUCGUGCUCUUUCGGAACAACAUCCGCUCCAGCGCCGUCUUCAUCACCCUCAUCAGUGUGGAUCGUCUGCUGGCCGUGGUUUUCCCUCUCAGGUCCCGACACUCCCGGACUGCAACCAAUGCUUGGAAAGUUGUGGGACUCACCUGGAUCUUACUAUUCGCAUUCAACAUUCCCGAGGGCCUGAGCCUUCAUUGGGACUCAGUCGGCUCUAAUAAGACAAUCUGUUCAAAGUUUGUUGAUCAUCAUCGUCAUCAAUCUGUUGUGGACAAUUUUCACCCCGUGUUCAUCUUCCUCCUCUUUCUGGUCAACAUUGUGUCGACAGUCUCAGUCAUCCGGUCUCUAUGCAGACGUCCAAAAGACUCUCCAGACAUCAGCAACAAGGGGAGCAUCAUGCUCAUCUUCCUCAUGAACUUGAUCGUGUUCAGCAUUUGUUUCCUGCCACUCUCUGUGGCAGCAUUCACCAUGACCGCGUCCCAGAUUCAGCCUCUAUUGUGUCUGUCUGCGGUCAACUGCUGCCUGGACCCGCCUCUCUAUUACUUCUCUAUGGAUAACUUCUGGAAGAAAAAGCCGGACGGAAGCGGCACCAGAGGGGAAGACGCCACCGAACUCAGAGGCACAACUGUUUGUGAUCAUUGACUGUUAACUGUCUAUCUUUAGGAGGGCCAUUUAUGUAGGAACUGAUCUGACAUCGCCGGGCCCAAGUGACAUCAGCUCCUUGUCAGUUCUGACGCUGUUCCACGUCAGGAACCGCCCCAUUCUCACAGAUGAUUCUCACUUG